CAAGUACCAUUUAUCUUUCUCAAUUGGAAUCUUAUCUUUUCCCUACACUUUCUUUAAAUUCACUUAUAUUGGUUCACCAAACUCAAACACCAUAUACUGGGCGAAGAGAAUGGAGGAUGGAAGUGAGAAAUGGAAUUUUCAGGGGAACAAGAAGCUGAAUGCUUCAUCCAUCUCUGUGAGAGGGGUCUAUAACAUGUUGAUGGAGAGAGUCAACAAUAGCCGAGACAAGAAACCUUUGGUUCCUCUCUGUCGUGUAGAUCCCACCGAGAACCCAUUGUUUCGGACUACCCCAGAAGCUACUGAUUCUGUUUCAACUGCUGUUAACUCCUAUAACUUCAACUGUUACCCUCCCACCGUUGGCUUACCUGAUGCAAAGAGGGCUAUUGCAAAUUAUCUCUCUUCUGAUCUUCCAUACCAAUUAUCACCAGAGAAUGUUUUUCUCACCAUCGGUGGCACACAAGCUAUAGAUAUAAUCUUGCCUGCCCUUGCACGUUCUGAUGCCAACAUUCUCCUUCCAAGACCAGGGUACCCGCAAUAUGAUUCUCGUGCUAGUUGUUGUCUCCUCGAAGUACGACAUUUUGAUCUUUUGCCCGAGAGAGGUUGGGAGGUUGACCUUGAUUCCCUUGAAUCUCAAGCAGAUGAAAACACAGUGGCCAUGGUCCUCAUCAAUCCUAGCAAUCCAUGUGGAAAUGUCUUCACAUACCAACAUUUAAAAAGGGUUGCUGAAAUUGCUAGGAAACUUGGAAUCUUUGUCAUUUCUGAUGAAGUUUAUGCCCAUGUAACUUAUGGAAGCAAUCCAUUUGUUCCCAUGGGGGUGUUUUCUUCAAUAGUUCCGGUCAUUACAAUUGGAUCUUUAUCAAAGAGAUGGUUAGUUCCUGGUUGGAGAACUGGUUGGAUAGCCACAUGUGACCCUCAUGGAAUUUUUCAGAAAACUGGGGUUGUGAAAAGUAUCAUCAGUUAUUUGGAGAUCACAACUGACCCUCCAACCUUCUUGCAGCUAGUAAGUUUGCAGGCAGCAAUACCUGAAAUCCUUGGCAAAACAAAAGAUGAUUUCCUUUCAAAAAAUCUUAAUAUACUGAGGGAGACUGCAAACAUAUUCUAUGAUUUAUGUAAGGAGAUCCCUUGCUUAACAUGCCCUCACAAACCAGAAGGAGCAAUGUGUGUCAUGGUGGAGAUUAACUUCUCACAAAUUAAGGACAUUGUUGAUGAUAUGGAUUUCUGUGCCAAGCUAGCUGAAGAGGAAUCUGUCCUUCUUCUUCCAGGUGUCACGGUUGGACUGAAGAAUUGGCUUCGAAUUAGUUUUGCUGUCGACACUUCUAAUCUUGUAGAAGGCCUUAGCAGGAUAAAAGCAUUUUGCCUUCGAUAUGCAAAGAUGCCAUGAAGUCAUGUCACAUGGUAGGGUGUGGAAGAUGUUGAUUUCUUAGGGAUAUCUUAUCAAAGACCAUUUAUUUAGCAAAAUUUAUAAUGUAUGGAGAUAUUUCUUCUUCUCACACGGUAGGGUGAGGGAGGUGUUGAUUUAGAGGCAUGUUAUAUCUUCUUUUAGGCAUUUUAUAUCUUAACAAGACCAUUUAUUGACAGUUAUAAAGGAGGGUUCAUAACA